UGGCGGAAACUCGCAGUCCGCUCAGCAGUUUUCGGACUUUUCGUGUGAGUGCCUCGUUGCUACGUCCCGUCAAAUCCCAUUAAAAUUAUCGAAAUUAGUUGCUUCGUUCUACCGGUGGGAGGUUGACGAGUCUCUUCGCCUCAUCGCGUAUUCUCGGCAAGUACCCUCCUCGAGAGAUUUAGCACUCCCCGCGCGUGAAUUCAUCACGCGGACAAACGUCUCGAUCGCCGUAGCGUGAGAAAAUGGCUGCCGCCGCGGCCGCCGCACUACUCGACGAGCUCAUGGGCAGAAACAGAAACGUUCUGCCCAAUGAGAAGCCCAAGGAGCUCAACUGGGAGGAUCCCGAGUUUUGCAAGCUGUAUUUGGUGAAAUUCUGUCCCCAUGACUUAUUUGUUAAUACAAGGGCGGACUUGGGUGCGUGCCCCAAGGUGCACGACGAUGAGGCCAGGGAACUAUUUGAAAAGGCGCCGCAUUCAUAUCGUAAACAACAAUACGAGGAUGAGUUUAUCAGGUAUUGUCAGAGUAUGUUAAACGAAGUGGAGAGAAAAAUCAUAAAGGGAAAGCAGCGGUUGGCACUGAUUGGGAGAACUGAAGCACCAACGUUAACUCCAGCCCAAACUCAAAGGAACGAGGAGCAGAUUGCUCUACUGACGGAAAAGAUAAAUAAGUUGGUAGAAGAGGCUGAGCAAAGUGGGAUUCAAGGCAACGUGGAGCAAGCGCAAGGCCUAAUGCGACUAUGCGACCAGUUGAAGGAAGAGCGUGAAACUCUGAGAAAAUCCAAUGACAACAGUCAUUACAAUCAAACUGCUGAACUAGCGGCCGCACAGGAGAAACAAAUGGAGGUAUGCGACGUGUGUGGUGCAUUUCUUAUCGUGGGCGAUGCACAGCAACGGAUUGAUGAUCAUCUAAUGGGAAAACAGCAUGUGGGUUAUGCUAGACUGAAGAGCGCUCUUCAAGAAAUUAUGAACAAGCGUGACAAGGCGCGCGAUGAGAAAGAGCAGAGGAGGGAGGAAGAACGGAAGCAAAGGGCGCGAGCGAAUGAGGAGCUCGACAGACGACGGAGAGACGGCGAUAGAGAUAGAGAUCGCGACAGAGAGAGGGAUAAGCGUCGCAGACGAAUGGAUGAUGACAAGAGCCGCCAUGAUCCGGGUGGUCACAGAGAUAUUAUUUGUUACAGAAAUUCUGGACAUAGAAGUAGAAGUAGAUCGCGAGAUAAGCACGAAGAUAGCCAUCGACGUCACAGUCGAGAUAAAGGAAAUCGCGAUCAUCGUAGUUCCAAUCACCAUAAUCGUCGCCGUCACCGCUCGCGUAGUCGAAGUCACAAGUAACUUCUCUUGAUUGGUUAGUGAGUGAGAAGUAAGCCAGGUAUGCACCAAACAAUAUAACCAUAUUCGUCUCAAUUACUGUACAGGUACUCUCUCGAUCCAGGUGAGUUGCCAUUCCGAUGCACAUAAUACAUAUACAUGAUAAUAUAAUCUGUGAUGUUUGAAGCGCCGCGUAAGUCACACAGCAAGUUCGUCUCACUCUCUCUGAAACACACUGUCUCUCUCCGCCUUUCUCUGAUCUCCCAGAAUAAUCACGAAUGAAUGCCUCAGAAAAUUUAAGAAGAAAUAGAUUAUGUUCUUCCAUUUUCCUUAAUAUUAAACUUGUUGAUUUGACACAAUCAAGUAUUUAGAGUGAUAAAAUCUGCAAAUAACAGGUGUACCUAUUAUAUAAUGUUGUAAAUAUUAUACAAUGUUGUAAAUAUAUACAAACAAAUGAAAUGCUUUAACGUAAUAAUAGUCUAAUAUGCUUAUGUAGAGUUUGUAGGUCAAGAAAAUCAAUUUUUUUUUUAAUCAAAUUUUUUUAGAAUAUUUCAAUAACAGUUGUUAUAAUGAUAUAUUGAAAAAUUUCAAAAAGGAUACCUAUACAAAUUUAAUUUUUUUUUAAACUUUUCUAAAUUUAAUUUUUUCGAACAUUCUUGAUUUAUCUCGCGUUUAAAACAUUUCAUAUUGGAAAAAGGUUUUUACAUAACGAUACAAAAUUGUUUCACUCUAGAAUAAAUUUUGGAUUUUUAGAAAGUAAAUCCAACUUUUAUAAUAUUUUAAUAUUAAUUUUUAAAUGUAAAAUUUUGUAAUAUUUAUUAAGUAAAAGUUUACAAUUUUAUUUAAAUUUUUUUUACACUUCAAUAUUCCGAGUAUUCUCGAUUUAUGUACGGAGCAAGCUGGGAGAAGGUAUACCUACGCUUGCUUUCAUCGGUUUAAUAACUGUACUCGAGCAGCAAGAAAGCACAAGUCCAAGAUUUCGUUUUUUUCCAGGAGAAGCCCACAAAGAUCUAUGGAAUUGUGGAUAUGCACUUUCAAGAUGAAUCGAAUGAAUGUGAAUAAACGCAGUCGGAUCGAAACUUAUCCGAUAUAACAGAUUCAUACUGUUUAUUUAAAAAUAAAACGAAUUGUUUCUAUAAAAACAUAGCGUUUUCUCUUUAUUGUAAGUAGUCUUAUCGCGUUUUAUUUUUUUAGAUAAUUGAAUUCGGAGCUUCGAGAAUUUAUCUUGCUUUUCCACGUAACUUAUAAACGAUUGUAAUACUUCUCUCGUUACGGUGUUAUAAAGAAAAAGAGAAGCUCCAAUAAGAAAAACCAAUAAUUUUGGACUUGAUCUUUUUCUCGCUUCUCAGGUACGAGGUUGUCUCCGUAGGUUUGUUAAUACCGUAAUCUUAGUUCGCGCGUCAUUAAAAGAGAGAAAGAGAGAGAGAGAGAAAAAAAAGAUUUAGUGGUUUAGUGUGGAAGGGACACAGCUCUCAGUGCCCGCUUCAUAGAGCUUCGUCCACGACUGCAUAUGCACGAGUGCACAACUACGAGUGCGCCCUGUAAACGUGUGACUGUGACUAUACGAACCUCUAGCUUCUGCCACGCAAUUGACGAGGUAUUUAUACCGGAAUGAUAAUAUCAACACAUGUUUUGCCAGGAGAAUUAUCCCUUUAUUUCCGUGUUCUUUGGAUCCGUGGUCUAGGAUUUAAUGAUUUUAGAGAUACCAAAUUUUAGGAAUCCUCAAAUUGGUAUAAUAGACCUGUACAUAUAUUCAUUUAAAACUGAUACUAGUACGCUACUGUGUAUCAUGUAUCAUGAAAAAGAAUACACUUAAACGAGAAUGCUAUGUUCUUAGCGAGAGCCAUUGAUAGAAAAAAAAGUAUAGGCAAUUAUAACAGAGAGGAUUUACCUAUGACAUAAUAUUUAUUUAAAAAAUCAAAUUUAAGAGAAAAUUGACAUUCGAUUAUUUAGAUGUUUUUUCUGAAUGACACGAGUCAUCUCCCCAGACAAUGAAAGUUAACCCAACAAUUUGCGUGUAUUUUGGUGUUUCGGUUGAUCGAGGAGGUUUAACUCGUAACCUCUUAAUGAGAACCUCGUGCGCUUGUUAAACAAACACACAGUCGACAGAGGGACAGGAUUUCACCAACAAGACUUUUUAUUAAACAAUGUUUGGCUAUUAUCGUAUCUCUCAGUACCGAUGACACUUUUGUUAAAGCUUGGAUUGUCUAUUUUCAGGAAGAAGAGAGGAACAAAGAGGAAAGACUUCUCGGAAAUUCGUCCAAAACAUCAUUUAACAUAUUGUUAAGGUAAAGAUUUUGCAUCUUAACAAUAAUCUUAACAAUAAAAGAAAAAAGAGUGAGAAAAUGAGAGUAGGACAGGCGAUGAAAAUAUUUGUGUUGAGAUUAUGGAUCAGAAUCAAUAUAACUCAUGUUCCGAGCAAUUGUUAUUUGAGGCCACCUAUACAUAAACCGAUUGAUCAGCAAGGUAAAUUGUAAUUCAAUUUGUAUUUGCUGUGCCGCGUUAUAAUAACAAUAAUAAUAAUAAUAAUAAUAAUAAUACACUUAAGAUUGUUAUUUGAAAUUAAUAAAACAAUGCCAUAUA